AUGGUGACCCGAAGACAGUUUCCAGAGAGCACUCCAUCGGACGAUACAAUGGCAUUAAAACGGAUCCACAAAGAGUUGACAGAACUUCAAAGAGAUCCGCCGCCGGGCUGUACGGCCGCACCCAAUGGCACCGACUAUUUCCAGUGGACGGGCAGUAUUGAGGGCCCGCCGGACACCCCCUACGAGGGCGGGUUGUUUAAUGUGCAAAUCAAUUUCCCGGCCAAUUACCCGCUGAGUGCACCACAAAUCGCAUUCACAACAAAAAUAUUUCACCCGAACGUUAGUGACUUCGGACAGAUUUGUUUGGACACAUUGAAGCGGAACUGGAGCGCCGGUCUCAGCAUUGGUAAAGUGCUUCUGUCUGUGCAGUCUUUGUUGGCCGACCCGAACCCCAACGACCCCUACAACGGCACGGCUGCGCGCAUGUAUCUCAGGGAUCGGCAAAAGUUCAACAAAACGGCUCGACAUUGGACUCUACAGCACGCAUACCCUCCGCCCGACUAUGUGUUUACCACUACUCAGACCACUACCACUCCGGCCAACAAUCAGGACAGCGCCGGUACGGGUGGGUCCGGUAGCAGUGGGUAG